AGUUUUUGGACAUUUUCAGGUGAACCCUCCUUUUUGGUGAGUGUGGUCUACUCUGCACAGGCCUCUGAGCUCGCGCGCAGCAGCAACGCCGCUCCGCGGCCCCGAUCAGGAAGUGAAUGUGAAGAAAAUAAGCGACUGUGGAGGUAGAAUGACAUAGAGGGGGAGAGGUGGGAGAGAAACGAGCGGGGAAAGAAGAAGAGACUGUCGGAGGGAGGUAUCGACCCUGUGCUUUUUGGACCUGUACAUUGAGCUGCUGCUGCUUCCUCCCUAGGAUUCACUGACUUCACCGCCAAAAAAUGCUUAUAAAGGAAUUUCGAGUGAUUCUUCCUAUCUCUGUGGAGGAGUACCAAGUGGGCCAGCUGUACUCUGUGGCUGAGGCCAGUAAGAACGAGACAGGCGGAGGUGAAGGAGUGGAGGUGCUAAAAAAUGAGCCCUACGAGAAGGAUGGAGAGAAGGGACAAUACACACACAAAAUCUACCAUUUGCAGAGUAAAGUGCCGUCGUUCGUCAGAAUGUUGGCUCCAGCUUCAGCUCACAUCCACGAGAAGGCCUGGAACGCAUACCCAUACUGUCGCACAGUUAUCACUAACGAGUAUAUGAAAGAUAACUUCCUGAUCAAGAUCGAGACAUGGCACAAACCUGACACAGGACAGCUUGAAAAUGUACACCAACUGGAUGCAGAGACCUGGAAGAAGGUGGAUGUAGUCUAUAUUGAUAUUGCAGACAGACACCAAGUGGAGCCGAAGGACUACAAGCCUGAGGAGGAUCCCUGCAGGUACAAAUCAGUGAAGACAGGACGAGGCCCUCUAGGACCAGACUGGAAGAAGGACCUUGCAAACAAGAAAGACUGCCCACACAUGUGUGCCUACAAACUGGUCACGGUUAAAUUCAAGUGGUGGGGCCUGCAAAAUAAAGUGGAGAACUUCAUUCAAAAGCAAGAGAAGCGUUUGUUCACUAACUUCCACCGUCAGCUGUUCUGCUGGAUCGACAAGUGGAUAGAAUUGAACAUGGAUGACAUUCGUCGCAUGGAGGAGGAGACACGCAAGGAGUUAGAUGAGAUGAGAGUGAAGGACCCGGUCAAGGGGAUGGUGGCUUUAGAGGACUGAGGUUGUGUUGGACCGUGAAUGCUGCUGCUCAUCAGAUCAGAAUACCCAGACACCAGCGGAUUCACAUCCUUCUCCUACUCCAACUGACAACAUCCGACCGGCCGGUCCAACCACCACACCCCGCCCCCAUCCUGGUACAGUCUGGUUUUCAGGGACCUGGACCCAGUAAACUCCAUCAUAGCCCUCUUUCCUUGCGCCCCAUCCAGUUCUAUUGUUUCUCUCCAUCCAGUGUCCUCCAUCUUAUAAACUGCUCUGAGGCCUCCAGUAGCAACGCUAUAGAACUCGUCUGUCAGUCCUCCUCUCUCUCUCUCUCUCUCUCUCUCUCUCUCUCUCUCUCUCUCUCUCUCUCUCUCUCUCUCUCUCUCUCUCUCUCUCUCUCUCUCUCUCUCUCUCUCUCUCUCUCUCUUAGCCUCUGAACCGUUCUAAACUACAGAGAAUAGUGUCGUUUAUCUCUGGAAUUUAGGAUUUAUUUCUAUUUAAGAUAUCCCACUGGUGUGUAUAUAAACAGUAUACCGUAUAUCGGGGAGCUGAAAAUUGUAUUGAAAUAUACAGUAUAUAUAUAAAUAUAAAUAUAUAUAAACAGGGUUUUUAAAAUGAUUUAUCUAUAAGUUUAUCUGUAUUUUUUCCAGAUCAAGCAGUUCUGCUCAGUGUUGAUUUUUGAUCCUGUGAUUUUUUUUUUCUGAUUUGUCAUUGUACCUCCUUCCCUCCAUUUGUGUCAUGCUUUUAUGCAGUGUUUCCUUUUGUUGUUCAAGUCCACGAACCAUCGCUGUAAGGUCCUGGGUAGUGCUGGCAGUGUCUGCUGCACUCCCGAACCAAUCAGAAAGGACUUCUUCCCCAGUAGCUUCUCUAAUAUGUUGAGGCAUUCAAUGGCUUUUUCUGCUGCUUCGUGAGUUUGUGUGUGCGCUUCUUUUCGUGUGUGUAUGUAUAUAUGUGUGUGUGUUUCUGUAGCAUUGUAAGAUUAUCUUGUUGUUUUCACAAGCGUUUCUUUCACCUGAUAAUUUCUAGCUCUUCAAUUUCACCCGGCUAUUUGAACAGACUGAUGACAGUACAGUAGUUGAUUUCAAAACAUGCAGUAACACACACGUAGGCACAUAAACAAAGACAGAGAUACUACAAAGAGUAGAUGCAUAAAUGACCAGCCAUAAAUUAGCCCAUCUUCUUUUCUUUUUUUCGUUGACACGCUUUCCUUUCAACUGAAAAACUCUUUAUCAUUGCAGUGACUUUACCAUUAGGUUAUUCAUCUCCUCCAGCUUGCUGUAGAUAGAUAUAAAUGGUUCUUUCAAAGUAAAACUGCAUCAGUUCCUGCCCUGUCACCCGUCCCAUCACCUCCAGUGGAUAAAUGGUCUUAUCCAGUGAUAGCAAUAACUACCAUGACACGUCGGUCUCUCCUUUUAUCAUGACCAGUCUAUCUUACGCUGCUGUUUGACCCUCUCCUGAAAAACAGUCUUUGUAAAGCAGAGCCCAAGCUGAAAGUCAAGGAUGGUGAAAAUGUUGAUAUUUAUAAAAAAUGCUGGUUCUAUUGUGUUUUGUCUUUGGAUGAGCCAGGGUUUGUCCUGCUGGAAUCUGAAGCCUGUUAUUUGUGAUAGUGUGGUUUAUUUUGGUAUAUGCAUGAGUGUACAUGUACAGUAAGCGUGUCUGUGAAGAGACCAUGAUGCUGGCUUGGUAAAGAGGGGAGGAGGUAAUGGAGUUAUAACAGCAGGCCCUGAACUACUUCCUCUUGUUGAUGUCUGUUUGGCCUCCCUUUGUCCUCAGUUAAUUUUAUCAUCCUGUGUUUACUUCCAUCCACAUCUUUCACAUGUGUGGAAACUUUCAAGAGCAAGCAACAGAUCCAGUGAAAAGCUAACUUAAUAAUACUAAUAUAAUAAAAAAAACUGCCACAAGUGUAUAGUUAUAUUUUCCUUUUCUGCAAACUUCAAGUACAGGGAUGUGAAUAAUGGGAGGUCCAUAUCGCAUGGAAGGUGAUACACUUUUUGCACUUAAAACUCAAUAUUGAUAAUAUUAAAGAUAUGAAUCCUGUUUAAAAAGAAAUACCAGGUGCAGUUUGUGGUUAAAAAUGUGGAUAAUGUGCUGACAUAAUAGCAAUUAAAUAUUAUUUCUAAACAUAAUAUUAGUAAGUAAUAAAUACAACUUUAAGUAUAUGGAUAUUUAGGUGUAAAAGCCCUUACACAGCUGUUCAGGGCAAGAGCUCAAGCUCUAUAGAUUACACUAGUUUGAAAAAAACGUAUUUUGUUGUUUUAAAAAUCAGCGCUUUCUUGACAUUUUAAGGCUAUUACCACUACAAAGGAUACAGCCAUAACUAUGAGCCACUUUCUGUUGCCUCCUCUUAAAGAUAUCACUGGUCCAACCCUCCCACCUCUCUCUCUCUCUGUCCAUUAAGCAUCUCACUCACUCACUCACUGUCUGUCUGUGAUGGGGCUACCAACUGAGUCAUGGAGAUCUGUGGAUGUACUGUAUGUAUUGACUCUGUAAAUAGUAAAUAAAUUAAUGUAGAUGAACACAUAUAUAGAUCAGACUGUCCUGCCAAACCUACAGCACACCUUUCUUGACACUUGAUUCUCCUCUUCCAUUUGCUAAAUAUUCAGCGUUACACAGAAGUCUCUCUCACAGAGGUAUUAUAUUGUGAGGAUAAGUAGAGUUAGAGUUGCUGAAGUUUAGUGACGAUAAGACAUUUUGAAAAAAUAUUGUCAUUGUAGACAUUUAAAAGUAGAUGGAGGAAAAAAUAAUGAAAAAGCAAAGCAAAAACCCUGUUCACUGUCUCCUCUCCCACUCACGUUCUUCCCUCACAGGGACCACGUCUCAUUGGCAGGACAGUGCAAAAAUAUAUAUUUUUGUUCUGAGUGUUGUUGUACCUCUGUUGUCAGUCUCUGAACUACACUCUCUGAAAAGGAACAUAUAAUGGCAGCUUGGGUCACUUCAGUGAUUCACAUAAUUAGCUGAUGGUGUCAGCCCCGAGUGUGGCGCCUCGGUGAGAGUCCGAUUUGCCCUCCCGAGGUUAGCUUUGAAGAUUUAGAGAAAAUAUUGUACAUUUCGGGGCAGCUUCAAACAGGUGCUUGAAAGUUGGUGUUUAUAGCUAUGGACCAUGUUCCCACAGCUGCUAAUUUCCUCUGAUGUCACGCUCAUAGUGGCGAUCGCAAAUGCUGUUAUGUUAUACACAUAGACUGUAUGAAAUAUCGACGUAGUAUCCGGGACGUCACCCAUCUGUUUCUGAAGCGCUGUUUUGAGGCCGUAUUGCUGCUGUCAAGCGAUUGUGACGUAAAGAGGCGGGCUUUGAGCCUCCUAGCUAACAGCUACAGUGUUCCCGCCUGUCAAUCAAGUCGGCUGUGCCUCUCAUUGGAAGACUCGUAAUCUAAAUAUCUUCGAAAUUGCCGUGUUAGAAAAAUAUUCACCCACCGUACAGUGUGAGCCGAUCAAGAAAUGAGAUAUCUAGACUACACUCGUCUUUUGUACCAGGCUGUAAAGAUGUUUAUUUCUGCUGUAAAGAUCGUCUUUUUUGAAUGGGUGUGUAUGGGCCAGCCUCAAGUGGAUCCUCGAUUAACUGCAGUUUUUAGCACUUCUGCAUUGGACUCAUAUUUUUAGACCGGAGGUUGCCGCUUGGUUAUACACCUAUGUUCCAGGUUGCUAAUUAUAUAAACCGAAAGAAUCUGGUAUAUUGACAACAUUGUUUCUUAACUGAUCCACUUCUGGAGAAAAAAAAAAGGUUGUGAAAACAACACAUUUGAUUACUCAUUGGGUAUCAACAGAUUAGUCACAACAGCUAAUGUUAUAAUAUUCAAUCAAUUCCUAGCUAACUUUACUUUUAGCUUGCUAACAUUUUCGUUAGCUUGGAAUUUACUCAUUCUGUACCUAUUGUGUAAGACUAUCAACGUUAGCUUGGAAGUGGUUGAAAGCUUAAUCUAGCUGUUGUUAAUUGAAGCAUCCAACCAACGAUUAGCUAACAAUAUAUGGGAAUUAUAGGAGUUACAUUUGAGGAAUAGCAUAGCUGCUAGUUAGCUAACAUUACUGUUAGCAAGGAACUUACCCCUGACCUAUUUUUAUGGUGUAUCAUUGUUGCGUGGGGAUGUUAGAUGGGAAGUGUUUGAAUGCUAAUGUGAGAUGUUUUCUUACAUAGGCAAAGUUUUCAUUUGAAAUAAUGACCCAAGUCCCUCCUGUUUAUUUUUUAAAUUGCUGAACAGUUGGGAAACAAUAACAAUAUGUCAGGUUCUCUUCAUUGAUACAACUUGCAACCCUGAAGAAAACAGAGUAACACUAUAAUAUUACAUUCUAGCAUUUCAGCUCGACACCAUGAGCAUUAUGUCACUGGAAAGCUGCCACCCCGUGAAUAUUGUUGGUACAGGGGGAAAAAGCUGAGACGACUUUGUAUUGUUGUUUGAGACAGAUACUGACAGUAGGUCCAUUUUAAGAGCCUGCAGAUACCAUUCAAACUUGUGAGAGAACAUGGUGUAACAGAGACAAUCUCAUAGAUAUCUGUUGUUAGAUUCCUCGAUUUAUAAUCAGAAUAUGAAACCAAAUGACUCCACAAUCCCAAACUGUUUUUAAAUUGUAAAUCUCUCUCUCUUUCUGUCUCUCUCUUACUCUCUCUUGCUCUCACUCCUGUUAAAUUGUCUCCUGUUUUUCUUUCUUUUAUUGUGAAUUUGUGCCUUUUUGUCAUCUUAUCUUCCAAUAACACUACUGUACAUUGGAGACGUAAAGAAAUGAAUAAAAAGAAGCAAAGCAACUGUAAAA